UCGAAACUAACUUUGCCCAGUCCCGAAAGUCCAACUCCGGUCGCGUUUGACAUUGCUUCUCCCGGCAUCUUCUCCGGUCACCAGAAUGGCCACUCACAUUCUCGCUUUGAUCCUCAAAAGCGACGCAUCCGACAAUAGCGAGUUCAUCCUUGUCAGGCAAACUCCCCCUCCCAAAUUCAACGAUGAAGAAUACGAUUCUUUGUUGGAUUCUGAUCUGUGGGACUUGCCGUCGACCAAGCUCAACCGUCUGGAAGCUGUACUGGAGCAUGGAGCAGUGAUCGAAGGUCUCCAGUCGUUCUCUGAGACGAUCGAUUUCAGGAACUUUGACCUCGACGCUGCUAUUGAUAGAGUGCUGGGGCAAGUAGGUUUCAAGGUGAGCGAUAUUGGAGCGUGGAGGGUUUCGAAAUUCGUAGUGGAACCUGAGUUUGGCCCUGGUUUGCCCGUUCGUACUAUCUAUAUAGUUGGCGAGUUAACUCGGGGUGACUCGGACUUACCAGAUCUCUGCAAGUGGAUGUCUGUAGAAAGCUGUCUGAGUUUACUUCAUGAUGUAAAACCGGAUAAUGUUCGUGUUGGGACCUUAGCCGCAGUGGGUCUUGUAAAUGAAUCAUCACGGUUGUCAGGGAAGAAAGUUCACACCAACCUGCAUUACCAGGAGUACCCUCCAGGGGUAAUUCUCGUUCCAAUGAAAAGUAGGACAGCAAAACCUUUUCUUACAACAAACAUGAUUAUAUUUGCACCUGCAAAUGUUUCUGGUGAAUUCAAGGACACUAGGUCUGCUAUAUCUGGAGAUGUUUUGAUAGUGGAUCCAGGGUGCCAUACUAAUGUUCAUGAGGAGCUACUGAAAAUUGUUGCUGCUCUUUCCGGAAAAUUAAUCGUCUUUGUGACUCAUCACCAUCCUGACCAUGUUGAUGGUCUCUCCAUAAUCCAAAAAUGCAAGCCUGAUGCUAAGUUAUUUGCACAUGAGAACACAAUGCGAAGAAUUAAGAGAGAUGACUGGUCCCGUGACUAUACUUCAGUUUGUGGAGGAGAAGACAUUCUCAUUGGUGAUCAAAGAUUGAAAGUUGUUUUUGCUCCGGUAAUUUAGCCAUAUGUGUGCUUUGAUUCAGACUGCAACAUGUCUAAGUAGCUUGGAACACCAGAGUUCUCAUUGGUUGAGAAAACAAGACUAUGCUUUCAGUGUGGUAGACACAUUUCAUCACCGAGCAUGUUUUACUCCAGCUAAUGGCGCUUCAUAAAAGCUGCAUGUCUGUUUCUCAGAAAAAUUAUUCAUAGAUUCUGUCCCAUAAUAUGCAAGCUCGGAAUUCAUAAUUGAAAUUUUGAUCAACAUUAGAUAGUGUUUAGCUCUUAUGUCUUGGUACAUUUGUAGGGGCACACAGAUGGUCAUACGGCACUGCUUCAUGUCAAUACUCAUUCGUUGAUUGUAGGUGAUCAUUGUGUGGGUCAAGGAAGUGCUGUUUUGGACAUCACAUCUGGUGGAAAUAUGACGGACUACUUCCAUUCAACUUACAAAUUUAUUGACCUGUCUCCCAACAUUUUGAUUCCGAUGCAUGGGAGAGUCAAUUUGUGGCCAAAGAACAUGCUCUGUGGUUAUCUCAAGAACCGUCGAAGUAGAGAAGCUUCGAUAUUGAAAGCUAUAGAGAUGGGAAGCAAGACACUGAUUGACAUAGUCGCUAAAGUAUACUCUGGAGUAGAUCGAGCUUUUUGGAUUCCUGCUGCAUCAAAUGUGAGGCUUCAUGUGGCUCAUUUGGCUGAGCAAGGCAAGUUGCCUGAGGGGUUUUCAAUGGGAAGGUUUGAAAAGAGCUGCGGGGCACAUUUCUUCUCGAGAUGGGCAUUGAUAUACCUCACCACUGGUGUUUCAUCAUUCUACAGAAAGUGCAGCACCCCGCAAUUACUUAUUGCUGGAGCAGUGCUCUAUAAGGAACAAGUUCAUCUCCAAAUAGGGAGGGGUGCAUACAGGUAACUGUGACAAAUUUCAUGGAAGUGUAAUCUAAUCUUCUAUGUAUGCUGCGAAGUUUUAUGAAAAAUUACAGUUGCCAGUGGGUCGUUGCUGAUGUUUGGAUGUGAAAGCUCUGGGAUUUUGAUGGGUGAGAUUCCAUGGUGGAGUGUUUGAGUUGUUUCUAUAUCGGGGAUUGAAGGCUAUUGUCACAAAUUAUAUACAAUAAUAUACAUAUAACACGAUUUUCAAUUCAAG